UGUCACUUGCCGCUUUACCUUCUCCCCGGGCUCUCGAUUUUUACUCGUAAGCCCCGCCCAUUCCAUCCUCACCUGACCCCACCCCCGGCUGUCUGUACUGUGUCUUGUGUGUGAGCCCAGUGCGCGCUUGGAGGCUUGUACUGUCCAAGUGGGACCACCAAAUAACGGUCACUUGUGAACCCCUGUACCCCCUCUUAUUCAAUUACAUUUCUGUGUGUUUACUAACUUCGUCGCCUUACUAGGACGGCCCAGGCAUUUUUUCAUGGCGUACAGUCAGGGGGGCACCAAGAAGAAGGUCUGUUACUACUAUGACGGUGAUAUUGGGAACUAUUACUAUGGACAAGGACACCCAAUGAAGCCUCACAGGAUCCGAAUGACGCACAAUUUGCUACUUAAUUAUGGUCUAUAUAGAAAAAUGGAAAUUUAUCGUCCCCAUAAGGCAACAGCUGAAGAGAUGACAAAGUACCACAGUGAUGAAUAUAUAAAAUUUCUUCGUUCCAUAAGACCAGACAAUAUGUCUGAAUAUAGCAAGCAAAUGCAGAGAUUUAAUGUUGGGGAGGACUGUCCUGUGUUUGAUGGCCUUUUUGAGUUCUGUCAGUUGUCAGCUGGAGGCUCUGUUGCUGGUGCUGUAAAACUAAAUCGCCAACAGACAGAUAUGGCAGUGAACUGGGCUGGUGGUCUUCAUCAUGCUAAAAAGUCAGAAGCAUCUGGAUUUUGUUAUGUGAAUGACAUUGUGCUGGCAAUCCUUGAACUUUUAAAAUACCACCAGAGGGUGUUGUACAUAGAUAUUGAUAUUCAUCAUGGGGAUGGUGUUGAAGAGGCAUUUUAUACCACUGACCGUGUUAUGACUGUGUCAUUCCACAAAUAUGGAGAAUACUUUCCAGGCACUGGAGAUCUUCGGGAUAUAGGUGCAGGAAAAGGCAAGUACUAUGCCGUCAAUUUCCCAAUGAGGGAUGGGAUAGAUGAUGAAUCUUAUGGACAAAUCUUUAAACCAAUCAUUUCUAAAGUAAUGGAGAUGUACCAGCCAAGUGCUGUUGUGCUGCAGUGUGGAGCGGAUUCUCUGUCAGGAGACCGUCUUGGGUGUUUCAAUCUAACUGUCAAAGAACUACCGUACAAUGAUUAUUUUGAAUAUUUUGGGCCAGAUUUCAAGCUACAUAUAAGUCCUUCUAACAUGACAAAUCAGAAUACACCAGAAUAUAUGGAGAAAAUAAAGCAACGUUUAUUUGAAAACUUGCGUAUGCUGCCACACGCUCCUGGGGUACAAAUGCAGUCUAUACCAGAGGAUGCCAUUCAAGAAGAUAGUGUUGAUGAAGAAGAUCCAGACAAACGAAUUUCAAUUCGGGCAUCUGAUAAGCGGAUAGCUUGUGAUGAAGAGUUUUCCGACUCUGAGGAUGAGGGUGAAGGAGGAAGAAGGAAUGUAGCAGAUCACAAAAAAGGAACAAAAAAAGCAAGGCUUGAAGAAGACAAAAAGGAAAUUGAUGAUAAAAAAGCUGAUAUUAAAGAAGAUGAAAAAUCAAGGGACAGUGUUGUGGAAAAAAUGGAUACUAAGGGGGUAAAGUCAGCACAGCCAAGUAAUCCAUUAGCUUUGGGUGAAACUGAGACUUUGAGGACUGGAAGUCGUGUGUUAAAGAUGGAUGUAGAGUAAACAUUCCCAGUUUCCACCACCCUUUAAAGACUGCUGUUUUUACCCUAUCAUUUGGAAUGGACCGUAUUUAUUGUAAAGCGGUAUUGUUUACUUAACAGGUCAUAUUCAGCUUUCAAAUUAUGGAGUAAAAAUUUCUUCUUUGACGUGCUUUAUGUAUUAGUAUUUAAAAAUGAAUGUGUUUUAUUAUGUUUCAUGUCUUAAAUUUAUCAUUUAUAAUGCCAUUUUCAUUUAGAUUUUUUAAUGUAAAAGUUAGGGUAAAUGACACUGUUAUAUUUUCCCUGAGUUUACACUUUCAGGGUAUCUGUCUUUACUUUUCAAAAAAAUAAAUAAAAAUAAAAAAUAAAAUUCUAAGCUUUGUUUUAAA